AUGGGUCGGGGUAUCGGGCGCCUCCGGCAUCCGCCAUCGGACCUCUCCUGCUGGCUGCUGCAAGUGAUUGCCUCCUCACCGCUACCACGACCACCCGCCCUAGCUAACCUCAUGCACCCUCGCUUCGGCAGGACGCGCGUUCAGCGAACAAAAGUCAAUUGCAUGCUUCGCUUCGCUUACACGCCUGUCAUUGACCGUGAUCACCGUGCCAAGAAUCGGGGAUUUUCGGGGACUCCCGGCUCCGGUCGAACCCUGCAAUGGUCGGUGGCCAAACUGCAAAAGAAGUGGGAGGCUGAUCAUCGUAGACUGGAAUGUGGUGGCAAGAAAGGCGAGAGGCAACAGGCAAGUGAAAUGCCUCAGGUCCUCCUCCAGACUUCAUCCCCGCCUUUGCUUAAUACUGAGUCGCUAUUGUCCAGGAUGAGAAGAUGGGGUCGGCAGUACUACUCGUCAGUUACAUGA